AGUACAUCAUUUAUCUUAUAUUGGUGUCAAUAAAGGAAAAGGAAGAUGGCGCUGGUCACCCAAAAGGCGUUCUGCUCGCCACAGGCUCAUGUCGGUGGCCGGACACGCUUGAGGGCCGUACGGGUCUGCUGCCAGUCUCGGCCAGAGCAAGCGGCCGAUGCACCGCGGAGGAAUCUGCUGCAGAAGUCCGUGGCGCUUGUGGCUGCGGCAGCGGUGCUAGCAGGGUCGCAGUCCGCCGCGGCGUUGGCGGCCUCCCUUCCCCCCCAGGACAUCAAGGUGCUCUGCGAUGUGGAGUGCUCCGCCGCGCUGGAGGCUGUGGAGGCCGUCACACUGCCCUCGGGCCUCAAGUACAAAGAUAUCUCCCCUGGAAGCGGCCCCAGCCCGCCGGUUGGCUUCCAGGUUGUGGCGAAUUACGUGGCCAUGACACCUAACCUUCGGGUCUUUGAUAGCAGCUUGGAGAAGGGCAAGCCGUACGACAUUCGGGUGGGUGCGGGCCAGAUAAUCAAGGGCCUGGAUGAGGGGCUCUUGGGGAUGAAGCCCGGGGGCAUCCGCAGGCUUUACAUUCCGGGAGACCUGGCCUUCCCUAAGGGGCUCAAGGCCGCUCCGGGCAGGCCUGCUGUACCGCCCGCAACCCCGGUCGUGUUCGACGUACAGCUGCUGUACAUCCCCGGCUUGGAGGGUGACGAGUGAACGGCAAGACGGCGGGUCGUCGGGAUAUCGCACUGGGCCGGGCGGGCGGGCGCCGUCGGGGCGUGGGUCUCGUACAUGUGUGCCAUUGAUGUAAGAUGAUGAACAAACG